AUGCCAUCGCCACAGCCGCCCGAACUUCGUACCCUAAAUGGACAGAAAAUAAGUUCAGAAACCCUACGCCUCCCAAAAUGGACGUGGCCGUAUUUCCGUGCAGGCGGAGCCUAUACGCAGUGGCCCCUCCCCGUCUCUGACUAUUCAGGAGGGCGCACGCGCGUAGCCGAUUCUGCUGCCGGCGGAGCAGCACUGAACGGGGGAGAAAACUGCGGAGGAGAUACCAAGGCAGAGGAAAGGAAUGAUCUGCAGCAUUUUAGUGCUGACAGCGCGAGUCUGGUCAGCACCGCAACAGGACCUGAGGACGGGGUGUACAGGCACCUUCUACAUGACAUGCUAUUGCAACCCGGCGCGGUUGAGGAGCUGUUGUACUUCGUCUCCGAAUGCAAAUGUCACUUAGUGGUUAUCUGCAGUGUAGGGAGGCUCGUGUGCGGUCAUAAGGGUAUCGUACACGGGGGGUUCACAGCAACUUUGCUAGAUAACUCACUUGGCGUUCUGGGCCAUGCACAGUACAACAGGGCCGCCACAAAGAAUCUCUCAGUGAAGUAUCUGAGACCCUUUGUGGCCGACAGCACAGUCCUUUUGGAUGCGUAUAUCAAAGAUAUCAACCCGCACGUCUGCACUAUUGCAGGAACUCUUUUGGGACCGAUACCACCUCAGUUCGCAUCGAACUUCCCCCCGCAGCAGCAACAACAGCAACAACAGCAAGAGAAGCAGAACGGGCUCGAAACUUUGCCGCCGCGGGAUGAGGGCCUGUGGGUAGUUGCCGCUGUUUCGGGAGAAAUGGUGGAUGUAACGAGGCAGUGGAAGGGUCUGUAA